AUGGCUAAUCUCACUAAGUCGAUAACUGAAUUUAUCCUCAUGGGAUUUACAGACAUCUGGGAGCAGCAAGUCCUUCAUGCGGUGAUGUUUUUACUCAUUUACCUGACAGCUCUGGUUGGCAACCUUCUUAUUGUUCUUCUUACCACCUUGGAUGAGCACCUUCAUGGUCCCAUGCAUUUCUUUCUGAGGACACUAUCAUUUUUAGAUGUCUGUUUCAUCUCUGUCACAGUUCCCAAGUCCAUCAUACAGUCUUUGACACAAAAUAAUUCUAUAUCUUUCAUGGGGUGUGUGGCCCAAGUCUUUUUUGUGGUUUUAUUUGCUUGCACAGAGCUGGCCUUGCUCACAGUGAUGUCCUAUGACCGAUAUGUGGCCAUUUGCCGCCCCCUACAUUAUCAGCUCAUCAUGAGGAAAAGUGCCUGUGGGCAGAUGGUGGCUGCUUCAUGGCUCAGUGGGGUUGUCUCUGGGUUCUUAAAUACAUCUGUGACAUUCUCAUUACCAUUCUGUGAGUCAAAUUUUGUCCAUCAAUUCUUCUGUGAGAUCCCCUCAUUACUCAAGCUCUCUUGCUCAGAGAAGUACCUUGCGGAGAUUGGAGCUAUAAUUGUCACAACAUCAUUGGGUAUUAUAUGUUUCAUUUCCAUCCUGGUUUCUUAUAUCCACAUCUUCUCCACAGUUCUGAGAAUUCCCUCAGUGGAAGGAAGGUCAAAGGCCUUCUCAACUUGUAUUCCUCAUCUUGUGGUUGUUACAAUUUUCCUUAAUACUGGAUCUAUUGCUUAUCUAAAGCCUGUGGCAGAGUCCCCCACUCUUUGGAAUCUGAUGGUCUCUGUCUUCUAUACAGUUGUGCCUCCAGCCCUGAAUCCUAUCAUUUAUAGUCUGAAGAACAAGGAUAUGAAAGCUGCCUUCUGGAAAAUGUUGAGAAAGACUGCCUUCAUAUAUUAA